ACUGACGUAAUGCUUGCACUGAGGUCCUGACAAGCGAUAACAUUUCUGAUAAAGAACUCAUCUUUGCUGCAAUCUACAGCCUGGGAUCUAAUAUUAAACCCAGAGCAUCCAUUACCCUGCCUCUCUCUCUCUGCUUCUCUUCCCCCACCACCACCACCACCACCACCACCUCCUCCUCCUUCUUCUUCUCCUAAGCCCCCCACUCCUUGUUCCUGUCUGUGUCUCUGCACUCAGACAUACACACUGGGGGGGAACAGGAAACCUAUUCUUCCCCCCACCCCAAAAAAAUUAAUCAGAGAUCAACUCUGCAAACAACAAGGAAGCGGUUCAUGGCUCGAGCUAGAUCUCCACCAUCUUCCACAUUGCUGCUGAGGUUAUUGCAGAUCAAUCAACAGCACUGACACAGUACUCAGCCCUUUACAAAAUGAGAUACGUCGGUUAAGCAAAGGAAAGCUUCGUCACAAGGAUAUGGUCCGGAAAAAGAAUCCCCCUCUGAGAAACGUUGCGAGCGAAGGCGAAGCACAGAUUCUUGAGUGUGCUGCAUCAGAAAGAGAAGAUAUUUUGAGGAGUACAGAAUUUUCCACUGAUCCGAUGCAAGAAAAUAGUGAACCUUCUAAUUCCUUGGAACAAAAUAGUGACGAUCAAUGUUUUCAUGAUCAAGAACCUUCUUCCAGCUUUAAAAAGGACUCUGAAAGUGUGGGACACAGCGAAAGAGUUGUGUUUAACUACAGCCACGUCAAAGGCAGAAAUGUCUCCUAUGAUGAGGUGACAGAAAAUAUGUUGGCAUUGCCCACCUCAGAUACUAGGGUCAUUUGCGAGACCCUAAAAUCACCUAUAAAGUCUGAGACUGAUGAAACUCCAGAACUGGUUUCUGCUGCCUCUGGGGACACCUCAGAGACUAGAGAAGAAAAUGACUUGUCGCCAAGGGCUGCUGACCUCACAACUCAAAGUGUUAAAGUAGACUGUCAAAACUCUAGUCCAGCCUCGGUGGCCUCUGAAAACCUUCAAGUGCCUUUAGAUGGGAGUUCAGGGCUGAACAAAACCCACACUGUUGUGUUUGUCAAUGACAAUUCUGAUUCUGCACCUUUAUCCCCAGAACUUCAGGAUUUCAAAUGCAACAUUUGUGGUUAUGGGUACUACGGGAACGAUCCCACUGAUCUGAUCAAACAUUUUCGCAAAUACCAUCUUGGCCUACAUAACCGAACUAGGCAAGAUGUUGAACUUGACACCAAAAUCUUGGCACUUCACAACAUGGUACAGUUCAGCCAAUCCAAAGAUUUCCACAAGGUGAAUCGCUCUGUGCUUUCAGGGGUCUUACAAGACAUGAACUCUCAAAGGCCGGUUUUGUUAAAUGGAACAUACGAUGUGCAGGUGACGUUUGGUGGGACCUUCAUUGGCAUUGGGCGUAAAACUCCAGACUGCCAAGGAAAUACGAAGUACUUCCGCUGCAAGUUUUGCAACUUCACGUACAUGGGCAACUCAUCAACGGAGCUGGAGCAGCACUUUCUAAAGGCGCACCCUAACAAAAUGAAAGUGUCCUCUGAUUCUGGUAAACCAUCAGAGAAAAGCACCAAUAAGUCCAGCCCUAUUCCACGUUCUUGUGAGCCUGGAGAUUUGGGAAGGUGGCAAGACAAAACCACUAUUAAAGCAGCAGAUGAUAUGCCAGUUGGAUAUUCAAUGCCAAUUAAACCGGUAGAUUCCUCCAGGCAGAAUGGUGCAGAUGACACCAACUACUACUGGUGCAAGUUCUGUAGUUUCAGCUGUGAAUCCUCCAGCAGUGUCAAACUUUUAGAACAUCACAGCAAACAGCAUGGGGUAGGGAUGUCAGAAAGUCCAAAUGCUGAUCCUAUUGACAAGGCCUACAGGGGAACAGUUAUUAAUCAAACUAAAAUUGCCAAAAAUACUGACGAACAGCUAACAGCAAAACUAGAGAAAGGAUUGGCUAAAAAGAAAGACCUCUCCAUUAAACCAACUGAGGAUUUAAUAGUAACAAGCUACAAUUGUCAGUUUUGUGACUUUAGGUACUCUAAAAGCCAUAGCCCAGAAGUAAUCUUGGUUGGGCCUCUCCUGCGCCAUUAUCAACAGCACCACAAUAUUCACAAGUGUACUAUUAAGCAUUGCCCUUUUUGUCCCCGAGGCCUCUGCAGCCCUGAAAAGCAUCAUGGAGAAAUUUCUUACCCCUUUGCUUGCAAAAAAAGUAAUUGUUCUCACUGUGCUCUCUUGCUGUUGCACUUGACUGCUGGGGUGACUGGUAGCCCGCGAGUUAAACAUCAGUGUGAUCAAUGCCCAUUCUCCUCUCCUGAUGUAGAUGUGCUCCUGCUUCAUUAUGAGAAUGCUCAUGAAGGCCAGGCAUCUGAGAUCAAGCAGGAACUGAAUCACCAGCAAGCAACUGAUGAACAGAUGGCCGUCAAAGAAAGCAAAGAACACUCAUGUACCAAAUGUGACUUUAUCACCGUGAGCGAAGAAGACCUUUCAAGACACUACAGGAGACUACAUAACUGCUACAAAUGCCGGCAAUGCAGUUUUACAGCAACUGAAACUCAAUCUCUUUUGGAUCACUUCAACUCUGCACACUGUCAUGAGUCUGAAAUCACUACAGCUAAUGGUGGCGAGACCCAUGGAGUCUCCAACAUCAAGGAGGAGCCAAAAACUGAGAUGAAGGUGUACAACCUUGUCACUCCUGAAUCCAAAAUGGGAGAAGCCAUAUAUGACAGCACUGUGAAAAGGAAGAAGCCUGAUGACAAGGAUGUACUCAGGGAGAAAUCUUGGUCUGAUGGUCCGAUAGAUGACCUCCGUAGUGUUACCUGGAGAGGAUCAGAAAUUUUGAGAACAAGUCCAUCCUAUACACAAAUGGGUUUGGGCCUUUUGACCACAGUAUCUGUCAACCAAGAACAGCAGAAAUCAUCGAGAGAUAGUCCAAAUGUUGAAGCAGCACAUUUAGCAAGACCUCUUUAUGGCUUGUCUGUAGAUACUAAGGGAUUUCCAGGAGUGACGGCUGGAGCCAGUGGAGAAAAAUCUGGGCCACUUACACCACAGUAUCCUACCACGGGAGACAGCAAGUCCAAGGAUGAAUCUCAGUCACUCCUACGGAGACGCAGAGGCUCCGGGGUUUUUUGUGCCAACUGCUUGACCACAAAGACUUCACUUUGGCGAAAGAAUGCAAAUGGUGGCUACGUCUGCAAUGCCUGUGGCCUCUACCAGAAACUGCACUCGACUCCCAGACCUUUAAACAUCAUUAAGCAAAACAAUGGCGAGCAGAUCAUUAGGAGACGGACAAGGAAACGCCUUAACCCAGACGCACUGCAGACGGAACAGUUAAGUAAACAUCAAAGAGGGAGCAACGAGGAGCAAACUAAUGGAAGUCCGUUAGAGAGGAGGUCGGAUGAUCAUUCAAUGGAAGGUCACCAGAGAGAAGCUCAGCAACUUGUAAUGAAUAAAUAUGAGACCCAAGCAACAUUGACUAAAAGCCAUUCUGCUCAGCAGACAAUAAUAGUCAGCCAAACUAUGGAUGUCCACAAAAGGAUGCAACCUUUGCACAUACAGAUAAAAAGUCCUCAGGAAAGCAGUGGAGAUCCAGGAAAUAGUUCAUCUAUCUCUGAUAGCAAAGGCAGCUCAGAAAGAGGUAGCCCAAUUGAAAAGUAUAUGAGACCUAUUAAACAUCCAAACUACUCUCCCCCAGGAAGUCCAAUAGAAAAAUAUCAGUACCCGCUAUUUGGACUUCCGUUAGUCCACAAUGACUUCCAAAGUGAAUCUGACUGGCUGAGAUUUUGGAGUAAGUAUAAGCUGACCGUUCCUGGGAAUCCUCACUACUUGAGUCACGUGCCUGGCCUACCAAACCCUUGCCCAAACUAUGUGCCUUAUCCCACCUUUAAUCUGCCUACUCAAUAUUCCACUGUUGGAUCAGACAAUGACAUUCCUCUAGACUUGGCAAUGAAGCAUUCCAGACCUGGGUCAGCAUCCAAUGGGGCCUCGAAAGAUAAAAUUAAGUCACCGUUGAGUGUAAAGGAUGAUGAUGGUCCAUUGAAUGUAGUGAAAACUGAGAAAGUGGAGAAAAGUACACAAGACGAACUUUCAACGAAAUGUGUGCACUGUGGCAUUGUCUUUCUGGAUGAGGUUAUGUAUGCUCUACACAUGAGCUGCCAUGGGGAAAAUGGACCUUUUCAAUGUAGUAUAUGCCAGCACCUUUGUACGGACAAGUAUGAUUUCACAACACAUAUCCAGAGAGGCCUACAUAGGAAUGUUGCACAAGUUGAAAAGAAUGAAAAAACUAAAGAAUAACAUUUUAGCACUUAGCACAAUUAGAAUUGGGUCUUCUGAAUAAAAAUUCAGUAGCUUGUAAUGUCUAAACAUGGUUUGCAAUACAUUUUCUGGGUGAGGAAGUCAACAUUGGUUUGUUCAUUUAAGGAGUUAAUUGAAAUAGAGCGUAGCUGCAUUGGAUGGCAAGGCCAAUGUGUUCUCCGUCUAAAGGUGUUCAUAACAGUAAUAAGGGAACUAGUUUAAUAAGCUAUAUUAGUUAAUUAAUCUAUAUGCUUUAAAGUACAUAGCUCAUGUUUUCUAUGGCUUUACUGCUGUUCUGAUUUGGCUUUUAUUUGGCUCACAUAUUUAAACCUACUGUAUGACAAGAGCAAGAGGUGCUGAACAGAUUGAUAUAACAUUUUUGGAAGAAGAUUCAGUAUGACUACUGGUUCACCAAAGUCUUAUGGGUUUUGUGUUUGAUAUGUGUCUUAGUUUGCAUGUGCAAACAAGGAAGGCUGAACAAGGACUUCAAUAAAUAAAUUACAAGUUAUAGUAAAUAUUUUCCCACAAAGCUCACUAAUUCAAAGAAGACUGUGAAUGAUUCAGUUGCCCUGCCCACUGGACUCUUAAAGGGGUUUUCUAAAAUCUUUUUACUGUUGACCUAUCCUCUGAAUGGGUCAUCAGUGUCCGAUCGGUGGGGUAUGACAGCCGGGACCCCCGCCGAUCAGCUGUUUGUGAAAGCAUCUGCGCAACAGUACACAGCUAUCCAUGGGCCAUGUGAUGUCAUGUUCAUUGGUCACAUUGUCUAGGCGCAGCUCAGCCCCAUUGAAGUCAGUAGGGCUGAGCUGCAGUUCCAUGCACAGCCACUAUCAAAUGGAUGGCACUGUGCUUGGUGGUGCUACUGCUAGCGCCAGUGCAUUGUCAAACAGACGAUCGGGGGGGGGGGGGGUCUGGGUGUCGGACUACCAACCCUUUUAAGCCUCUAGUCUUAAGGUAUGUCAAGUAAUAUAUUACAAGGUAUACUGGACCUGUUCCUGCUAAAUCUGCUCAACAUCCCUUGCUCUUGAGACCCAUAUUUUGGCAACCGUAUUCAACACGACAGGUUUCCUUUAAGAAUGUGACCUAAAAAUUAAAUAAGUAGUGGCAGUGCCUACUUUUGAUGCGUUCAGUUGGUAGAGGCUGACAUUGAUUUCUCUUGGACCAGUCCAAGUCAUUGGCUGUCUUUACUUUAUACAGAUAUUGACUUAAUAUCUCUAACAAUAACACAAAGUCUUAGAUGGAGGCCAUCCAUGACCCACAGUAAUAAAACUUUUUAUUGGUAGUUACAUGAAUCAACCAUUUGUGUUAUUAGUAAUUAUUUCAUUCUAAAUGUCUUGACAAAAUAAUUGGUAAUUAGAGGGGGUGUCUGGUUUUAGAAAACCUGUGUAGGCAGAGCAGGCAGUGGCUACAAAGAUUAUCUCUGGCCUUGGAGGAUCUUUGAUGUCAGUCUGUUUCAUCCAGGGCCCAUUUGUUUCAAUGAGAACUGUUUAGUACUGAAUUCUUUCUCUUAUGGCACUGCAGGCAAAUUUAACACUUGCUUUUGGAUCACCCCAAAGAUCAUAGUUGAUCAUAGGGAUUUUCAGCAGCAGGACACCCUUUGACCCAUUUGCAAUUAAAGGAUCGUUCUAAAAUAAUCGUCCAUAACAGAAAAACCUUUUAGGAGAUGUCUUGGCAUACCCUAAAUUGUAAGUGCUCUUUUUGUUCUAACUGUAACAGCGCAAUAUAGGAAUGUUAGUUCAAUGCUAAAUCAAUAGACUUCUAUUGGGCUUGGAUGGAAGGGGAGGUAAACUUUGGUGCUACUGCUUCUGUUUCUUUUUAUUUUUUCAACCUUCCGAGUUUAUAAGUCCAUGGAAUUACAACAUAUGCAACAUAUGUUACAUACUUAUCAACUCUCCCAGAAUGUCUAGGAGGAUCCAGAAAAUAGGGCAGACCUCCUGGACUCCUAGAAAUGCUGGCAAAUCUUUUGGGAACAGCAUGGAAGGUUGCAUUCUCCUGGAAAGCAGCUCUUGAUGUACUUUCAUUUUAGACACAGCCCCGACACACAAAAGUGCAUGGAUGGGGUGUGGUGCAUGUAAUAAAAGGGUGGGGCGUUUUAAAAGGGGUGGAGUGAUGUAAAAAUAAUUUUGGAGUCAUGCUUCAUCAUCCAGGUAAAAUGUUGGCAAGUAUGAUAUAAAACAUACAACAAUAAAAAAUAAAAAAAACAAUAGCUUGGGCUUUUUUUUAAAGAAUGUCCAAUGGAAAUCUAGUAGUGCAGCCCAUAGCACCCGUUCAGGGCCCUGCAUUAAUUUCUUAAAUCACUGCAGAAAAAUUAAAGUAGUUUGUAAGUGCUUCAUUUUUUUUUGCAAAGCAAGGCCAGUAUUUCUGUCCGUUUUGUAAUCAGGCCCAUUAGGUUGUAGCCUAUUUGGUAGGUGGUGACCACAUGACAUUUUGAAAAAUAAGUGAACAACGAUGAGUCUUACUUUUGAGAAUGGUGGAGUGGGUUCAGGCCUACUACAGGAGCAAACAGACAUUGUAUAUGUCUCCUAUAUGAGUGGUUUCACAAACAUUAUUUUUCAGUAUGUGGUUGAUGCCAUUUUAUGCAAUAUCCCCCCUCCCCUCCCAGGUAUUACUUUGACAUUUAUAGUUAAAUAUUGUGAAGUCUACCUAGGCAGUGUUUCGGUUUUCUUACAUGUAGUGUUUUAUUUUAUUUUAUUUUAAUUUAUUUUUUGCACCCUCUAGCUGUGUUUUUUUUCUGGCAUUUUUUACUAUAGGCUUCCUCGUAGAACUUUAAGUACACCAGAAAAAAAAAAAAACAUACACAAAAAGCAAAAUAAUUAAAAAUUCCACUAAAAAUGCAUGUCAAAAAACACCAUUAAAGGAUUGAGGACAUUACAUGAAUUUUUUUUUUACAUGCGUUUCAAAAUCCUGGGAAAAAGUGUGUGUAUAGGAAACCUAAGGCUUAUAUAUGAAGGGAACACUCCUUAGCAUAAAUGCUCAGGGAAUAGCUCUAAAAAUCUGAUAUAUGAAGGUGCAGAUAUGCCAGCCAGUUAGCCUUUUUUUUUUAUUAGUAUUAUUAUUUUUGGGUACUGUACUAGUUAGUUACACAGGAAGUCAACACAAUCUAAAAUAAAAAAUAAAAUAAAACAUUAAAAAUAUGCAUAGAUUUUACAAGCUACUGGAUACUAUCAGAUCAUCCUUUUUUUUUUUCAUUAACAAAGUUGGGAGAACAAAAAGUCUUAUUUUUCUAUUAAUUAUUAAUGUAUUACAUUUCAAAUAAUGGUGCCUGACAUAUAAAAAUAAUUAUUUUUUACUAUGUACGUAUGCAACUGAUAUUCCAUCAUGCAUUAGAGUCGAUUUGGCUCAGCCUCGCUGUUUACAUUUGCAGAUGUAGCAAAUAAGUUAAUGAAGCAACUAUUUCUAUUGCGGUAGGUUAUGUUUCUUUGUGCAUUAGUGGUAGAUUCUCGAAAAAAAAAAAAAAAAACUGUCUCUUUUGUCAGCUAAAAUAGGACAAACAAGAAGAAGGAAAGAUUUGAGUAUUUUUUAUGUUGGUUUAGGAUUAAAGUGUUUAAAUAAUUCAUUCCAAGAACAUUUGUGUUCUUAGAACUGUUAACUAACAUGGCUAUGCUUCAACAUGAUAGAUAUAUAUUCUCUAACUGCUUUGUCUAUGUUUCAUACAGUAUGAAACAUUUCAUAACUCCUGUUACUAGCUGUGUGGAUUACAGCAACUUUACAGCAAGUUUAUUGCAUAUGUAGUAACAUUGCACUUCGAAAUGUGUUGUUCAGUUUGCUUCUUUUUUUUUUUUUUGGACAGCUGGGACGCAUGGAGACGAGUAGUAUUUUUGAGGCUUUACGGCUUCACAUAGGUCAAAUUUCUAGGUGUAAUGCACUUAAAUAUUGAAAAUUAAAAUUAAUGAAGUCAAAAUGCCUCUCUGAAAUGCAAUGUUUUUUUUUUAUUAUUUCAAAAAAAUUCAGGGCAAAAAUUAUUUUCCCCUCAUUUGUAAACAGGAGGCUUUAUGACAGUAUCAUAACAUACAUGACAUAUUGAGAUGUGAUGAAAUAUUGUUCAACCCUGGAAAUAUAUAUCAACCAUUUCCAUAUCAGAAAUAGAGGUACUUUUUUUUUUGACAAUUUAUGCUUCUAAAUUCAGGGAUAGCUGUUUGUUAAAAAAAAUGUAAUUUUUUUGUAUUGUAGAAAAAUAGCUACAUAAUGACUCUCAUAUACCAAUAAAAAUGGAAUCCUUUUAAGCAAUUUUUUUAUACAACAAAAUACCACUUUAUUCAUUUAAUAGGGAAAUAAUUGAAUUAUCCAUUUUUUGACAAAAUAUUUAGCAGGAAAAAAAGCAUUUUUUUCUUUUCUAUUAAAUAAUAAAUUGUGAAUCAUUGUGUGGCCCAAAUACAUUAUGGAAACAAAAUAUAUACAUAUUUUAUAUUUAAAUUUCCCAUAUUCAUAAAUAUGCUCUUACCCAUCUUUUUUUAAAUUUAUUUUUUAGUAACUCUUUUAUUAUAUUUCGUGGAUAUUCCAUUACAUAAAGAAGCAUUUCAGUUUAUCUCCAGCAUGAUUAAAAAUAAAAAUAAAAUUAGUAUCCCUUUGUAAUGUCCAUGAGCUACACAAUUGUAAAACUGUAGAAAUAUUAGAGGCACAAAUAAAAUAAAAUACUUUAACAUGUAUAUAAUUUUAGUUGAAUUUUGGUUUCAAACAAAAGGUGUUACUACACUAUUUUUAUAUAUAUAUAUCCACUCCUUAUAUUUUUCUGAACAUGCUUUGAUAAGAAUGUACCAAUGUCUUCCAUUUUUUUAGUACAAUGGGUCCAUCAUGGCUACAUUUUUUUUUGUAUAUGUUCCUUGAAUUGGUAAAUUGAUAACAUACCAUUUAUUUGAGUUCCCUGGCUCCAACCAAAAUUAUCUACAUAAUUUUACAUAUCUAAACUUUUACUAUAGAAAAAAAACAAAACUACAAUACAUUUUCAUGUAAUUUUUAUGUUGUACGCUACCUGCAAGCAGGUAUUUUUGCUUUUUUUUAGUGUUAGAUAUUAAUUGCUAGUUUUUUUUUGUAUUUUACUGCAGACAAGUUCAAGCUAAGAGUUCAGUGCUUUUAACUUUCAGAAAAAAAGGCAUUAUUGAUAAUAUUGUAGUGUAUAUUACAAAUGCCAUUUUAAAGUCUGGAAUUAUAUAACUGUUUAGAUUUAUAAUGUUUUAAUGUCUGUUUAACAGUUUAUUGGACGUAAUGUAGCUGUUAUUUAAAAUACAUGACCUCACAAGAUAGAUGGCCUAUAUAAAUGUAAGUAAACCUGGAGAUAUGUAUAUGAGCCAUACUAAACAGAUUAUUUUAACGGAUUCAGUAUCAAAAACUAAAUAUUCAGUGUAUUUAACUUUUUUUUUCGUCGCUCCUUUACUUACAGGUACAACAUUUUUUAUUUUUUUUAGUUUAAAAAUUGUAAAACAUGUAAAAAGAAAACCACUGGCUAAGAGGAUUGGUAUCUUCACGUGAGCCAGUUAGCAAGACCAACAAUGGCAGAGAUUUAGAGGGUCAUUGAUUUAACAGUAUAUGCUGCAUGCAGUAUGUAUGUAGAACAUACAUACUAAUUUAUUUAAGUUCCAUUGGAAGUGGUCUUUGCAGGCAAUUAAUUUUUAGGCUUUUGUAAUCGAAGAGAAACAAAAUGUAUUCAGUUAUGAUAGUGUGCUUUAAAAGCACGUUGGAAAUGGCAUAGGGAGUGUGGAACAUCUCAAUAUGCCACUGUAUUAUAAGAAGUUCUUUGUUAAUUCUUUAUUAAUCAGUAUGCACCAGCAAGCUUUUGUUCUAUAAAAAAAAAAUAUAUAUAUAAAAAAUAAUACAAAAAAAUCUUAUUGCUGAGAAAUGGGAAAACAUGUAGUCCUGCUAAAAUUUACCUGUCUGCUGUCUGUCUUACCACACGAAUAUUUGUUGUUUCCUCAUUCUGCAUGUUAUUUUUUUUCCACAAAUGUUCUUUGUGUAUUUCUAUUGCAUUAAAAAAAUAAAAAUAAAAAAUAUAUCAGGCAGCAAAGAUGUCUGUUACAUCUAAACUUGAAUAAUAAAGUUUUACCACCAAUUAUAAAACCA